ACUGUUCAUACGCAAUGAACGCUUGCUGUUCGAUAUCCACAAUCCAUAAUUAUUAAUUCGUGGAUAUAGAGCGUGAAAUAAAGCAUUCAGGCAAAACAAGAAGUAAGUAGGUAUAUAGGGGCGCAACGUGUUGGCGGAUUCUCAGUCGCCAGCUACGAGGCUCGCGGGCUGCCGGCCGACUCCCGUGAGCGACCUCGUGUAUGAGCCACCUAUCGACACAGAUAAAGGAAUUCCUAUGUGAUGUUAGUAAACAAAAAGUGUAUAAAUAAAAAGCGCGGCGUGUUCCCUCUGUCAGUCUAGUUGUGAACUUAAGCUGGCUACGAUGUCUCUUCCGGGAGUUUUCCUUUUUUCUCACUACGUAGAAAGCUUUUGGAGCACGCCCCCGCCUCUCGUGGACUGGUCCUGCGUGCCCACGCUGGUGUUGGCUGUGAUUCUGGUGGUGGUGGCGGCCACGGCGCUGGCGGCGCGCACGGCUGACGGCAAGCAGAGCACGCGCCUGCCCGGCCCACAGCCGCUGCCCUUCCUUGGCACCAGAUGGCUCUUCUGGAGCCGGUAUAAGAUGAAUAAGCUCCAUGAAGCUUAUGAAGACAUGUUCAGGCGUUACGGGCCGGUAUUCGUGGAGACGACUCCUGGGGGCGCUGCUGUGGUGUCGAUCGCUGAGCGCGCGGCGCUAGAGGCUGUGCUGCGGGCGCCCGCUAAGCGCCCCUACCGCCCCCCCACCGAGAUCGUGCAGACCUACCGCAGGAGCAGACCCGAUAGAUACGCCUCCACUGGACUAGUCAACGAGCAAGGUGAAAAAUGGCAUCAUCUUCGUCGUCAUUUGACAGCGGAGUUGACGAGUCCCAACACCAUGCAAGGCUUUUUACCAGAGCUGAACAAUAUCUGUGACGACUUCCUAGACUUGUUGGACUCCUGUCGCCGCAGCGAUGGAACCGUGACUGGAUUUGAUCAACUGACCAAUAGAAUGGGAUUGGAGUCGGUAUGUGGCCUUAUGUUGGGCUCAAGGCUUGGCUUUUUGGAGCGGUGGAUGUCGGGGAGAGCGGCGACCCUGGCGGCCGCCGUCAAGGCUCACUUCAGGGCCCAGAGGGACUCUUACUACGGAGCACCGCUGUGGAAGUUCGCACCCACAACACUCUACAGAACAUUCGUCAAGAGCGAGGAGACUAUUCAUACGAUAGUAUCGGAGCUUAUGGAAGAGGCGAAGAUCAAGAAACAAGGUUCUGCCAAUGAUGACGGCAUGAGAGAGAUUUUUCUGAGGAUCCUGGAGAACCCCGCGCUCGACAACAGGGACAAGAAAGCUGCUGUUAUCGAUUUCAUUACAGCUGGUAUUGAAACUCUGGCAAACAGUCUUGUGUUCCUGCUAUACUUGCUGAGCGGCCGGCCGGACUGGCAAAGGACCAUCCGCGCGCAGCUACCGUCUUGCAGCACCCUCACUGCUGAGGACUUGGCCAACGCGCCUUCUGUACACGCCGCGAUCUAUGAAGCCUUCAGACUGUUGCCGACCGCACCAUUCCUUGCCAGGCUGUUGGAUGCUCCCAUGACUAUUGCUGGACAUAAAUUGCCUGCAGGGACUUUCGUGCUGGCCCAUACGGGUGCGGCUUGCCGUCGCGAGGAGAACUUCUGGCGCGCGCGCGAAUUCCUUCCGGAGCGCUGGUUGGAGCCCACCGCGCCGCACGCCCCGUCCCUGGUGGCUCCCUUCGGCCGCGGCCGCCGCAUGUGUCCGGGGAAACGAUUCGUGGACCUUGAACUACACCUACUGCUUGCUAAGAUAAUGCAAAGAUGGCGCGUGGAGUUCGACGGAGAGUUGGACAUUCAAUUUGACUUCCUGUUGGCGCCCAAGUCUCCAGUGUCGCUUCGGUUAGUCGAAUGGUAGCAAUAGGCUAGCCAGCUGGCUAUUUACCGUUUGUGCUUCUUGAAAAGUAAUUAUAGGCCAUACAACAAUCUUGAAACUUAACAUCAGGAUUUGCAAAAUUAUUCAGAUUCCAUUUUAAAAUUUAUUGAGUUCUGGACAAAUUUACGGAACAGACGAUAAAGGUAUUUGGUCUGAAUUAUAGUUUGUAAUUAUUGUAUUUGCGUUUGUAUAAUUAUAGCUUUAUUAAGACUAAAGAUCGACCUUGACUUUAUUAUUUGCUGUUUAAUUUUAUUGACUGUAAUAAUGUCCGUCUUGUAUCUUGCUAAUAUUAAUUUAAUACGAGUGUUCAAAGUGUCUUCCACUUGCUCAGCUAAGAUUAUUGGCAUUCGUUUAACUGUAUGCUUCUAUUUAAGAGAUACCUAAGUAAGCCUGGUGUUUAGCUCCAGAACAUUUUCCAUUCUUAAAA